UGGAUCUAAUGAUUGAUUUUGGCUGGUUUAAUAUGACCAUAACCACUAUAAGCACUUUUAGUUGUUAACUAUAUAUUAUUGGAAAGUUUUGCAAAUUAUAAAUUGGUAGUUAAGGUUUAAGAGUAAUAUAUAGGGGCAUGAUGCAGAUGAAUCCUUGGGCAAAAAAGACCGUGGCUAUUGUAAUAGUGUAAUGACCAAAACAGACUAGACAUUGGUAUGGAUUGUAAGAAGAUGUACCAAACUCUAAACUGAGCAAAUAAUGCAAGAUAUACAAUAGUAAUUCGCUUGCUGUUAUGCAGAAAAGUACCAGCUCCAGAAUUUUUGAGGGAUAUAUCCAUAUGCCUAAAGUGCCAUGACAUUAAAGAUGAUUUUACUUGUAAAUUAUCACAAGUAGGAAGGAUUUUUAAUUUGGAUUUGACAGAAA